AUGAGCUGCUGGUUGACUCGCACGACCAGAGAGACCCAUCGGUUGGUGGAGGCGAGCCUUCAUGAGACGCCCACGUAUGGCGGCUGGGUGGACGGUCGCGGCCCGCGCUACUGCCCAAGUAUCGAAGACAAGGUGAGGAGGGGUGGAAGGUGGGGGUGCAUGUGUGCGCGCGUGCUCGUGCGCGCGUGUGUGCGAGUGACUGUGCAAGUUGUGCGGGUGAGAGAGGGCGUGUGGAGGCGGAGGGAGCAGAUGAGCUGCCGGUUGACCAGAACUACCAGUGAGACCCACCGGCUGGUGGAGGCGAGCCUGCAUGAGACGCCCACUUAUGGCGGCUGGGUGGACGGGCGGGGGCCACGCUACUGCCCGAGUAUUGAGGAUAAGGUGAGGGCGUACGCGACGCCCACGUAUGGCGGGGAUUCGGAGUGGCACCAGAUCAUGUUCCCCUUUCUGCUCGCUGCUGUGCUGUUGCCCACUUGUUUCAUUUCAUCCCCACAGACAGCACAGAUAGUGCGGUUCAGGGACAAAGGAGUCUUACCAGAUCUUCACUCAAGUCGCCACACUCAAGCAUCCCACUCUCCCUUGCCCUGCAUGCGCCCCACAUUCACCACAGAAGUGCAAUUGAAGGACAAGGAGUCCCACCUGAUCUUCCAUGCGCCCAAUGUCUCAGUCACGUCCUCUGCCCCCUGCUGCCCCUUUCUGCCCCUUUCUGCCCCUUGCUGCCCCUUUCUGCCCCUUGCUGCCCCUUUCUGCCCCUUGCUGCCCAUUUCUGCCCCUUGCUGCCCCUUUCUGCCCCUUGCUGCCCCUUUCUGCCCCUUGCUGCCCCUUUCUCCCCCUUGCUGCCCCUUGCUUUGCUGCCCCUUGCUGCCCCUUUCUGCCCCUUUCUGCCCCUUUCUGCCCCUUGCUGCCCCUUGCUGCCCCUCGCUGCCCCUUGCUGCCCCUUUCUGCCCCUUUCAGCCCCUUUCAGCCCCUUUCUGCCCCUUUCUGCCCCUUGUUCCAUCAUAG